CGGGUCAGCUGCCUUCCCCCUCACACGCAUAUCUUCCCCGUGCUGCCAGCGCUGUGCUGUGUCUCUGGAAAGGGAUGGGGGGGAUCCAAACUGGUGCUGCUUUCAGGCACAGCCCAGUUCCAGAGUCUCUCCCAGAACACAGCACACACUGCCCGGUUCCUCGGGUACAGAUGCUGCAGCCCUCGUGUCCAACAGAAGUGAUGUUGUGACUCAGGGUUGGGGAGCACUCUCCUGACCCCAUCGCAGCUCUCUGGGUCCCUGCACUCAUCCCAGCCAUGUCCCUCCACCAGGUCCCUCACAUUUCUGCCCUUGUUCUGCACAGCAGCUCCUGUUGGCCCAUUCUUUUGUGUCUGUAUUUGUAGCUUUAUGUGUUUUUCUUAGCAGAAAUGACAGUGUGAGGUAUGUGAGGUACAGAGUGGGCAUGGACUCUGAGAUCAGGAUUGUGUGAGCUCCCUGCCCUGCUCUGUCCCCCACGGAGCUCUACCUGUGCCCAGCCUGAUGCAGUGUUUAUUUCUUCACAUCUGCUGCAAUGAAGGAAGUUUGAGUAUUUCCUAGUGGCAGGGAACCAUCCAGCCCUGUGGGGCACAUAUUUCUGCAGCCAUACCAACCCCAGUGUGCAGUCAGAGGGUUCUGCAGGGCCGGUGUUAUGCCUCUCCCCAGUUAUUCUCUUCCUUCUGCCCCUUUUUCCAGCGGCCAUUUUGUUUGCUGGGGUGUGGGGGGUGGAGGAAGCAAGAAAGAAAGAGAAAUAACAGCAUAAGAAAGUGCAGAACUGAUUUCAGGAGGCAGCAGUCUGCAUGUGCUCCCCCCCCCACUGCAGCCACCUCCCUUGGUGGCAAAGUGACCCUUAUGGCCGCGCUGUCAGGUUGUCACGGACGUCGUGCUGCAAGGAACAUUGUCCUCUGGGUAUAAAUAGCCAACCUCCUGGCAGGCUCCGGCCUUGGGAACAUCUGAAUUGUGCUCCUCUGCUCUGUGUCCUGCAGAACGCUGAUCCCGCUCACCUCUAGCAGUCAGCGCCGGGCGCAUUGCAGGAGCCUGAGCUGCAGCUGCUGGAGGAGCAAAAAUCCGUAUUUGCUGACUGUACAGCUGGGUCUUGGCUGCAAUUCUGCCUCUUACGUCUAGCAAACAAAAGAGCAGCGAACAGAAUUGCUGUUGGCUGGCACAGAAGAGCCUGACUGACGUGGCUGCCGUGUUAUGACGACCCCCAACAAAGGAAACAAGGCCUUGAAGGUGAAGCGGGAGCCAGGCGAGAAUGGGACCAGCCUGACAGAUGAGGAGCUGGUGACCAUGUCUGUGCGGGAGCUGAACCAGCAUCUGCGGGGCCUGUCCAAGGAGGAGAUCAUCCAGCUGAAGCAGCGUCGGCGCACGCUGAAGAACCGAGGCUACGCGGCCAGCUGCAGGGUCAAGCGCGUUACCCAGAAAGAGGAACUGGAGAAGCAGAAGGCAGAGCUGCAGCAGGAGGUGGAGAAGCUGGCCUCUGAGAACGCCAGCAUGAAAAUGGAACUCGAUGCUCUCCGCUCCAAAUAUGAGGCACUCCAGAACUUCGCCAGAACCGUGGCCCGGAGCCCUGUCACCCCCGUGCGGGGCCCUCUCACCUCCAGCAUGGGGCCCCUCGUCCCUGGCAAGGUCGCUACCACUAGUGUCAUCACAAUAGUGAAAUCCAAAACGGACGCCCGGUCUUAGUGAAGCGAGUGCUGCCUGAGCUUGUCUGUGCAGGGCAAUUAGGCACAAAACCAGCCUGGAAUCCCCAAAGCACAAACCCUCCCCACACGGGUCAGGGUUCCUUCUACUUGGCCCAGGACUGGCCUGCUGAUCGCUCUGGUUUUGUUUUGUUGUGUUCAGAUUGGUAUGAGCAGUGGUGAUGCAUCCCUUGUCCUGUGCAGACAGCACCUCCCACCCAGCGGUCUGUAGCCCUCAGCUGCCCUUGGGACAGGCUGUAAGAUCUCGGUGUUCUAGCCAAAGGAAGUCUGCGCUGCGCAGCGAGAGGCCCGGAGGGAGGCUUUCUUCCUGGAACCCCAGUUUUCAGUCACUUCCAAAGGCUUUAUUUCAUUACUCUUCCAGGUGGUGUAUCCAGGUGCCUGACUGCCCGGCACCUGAGCCUGCUGCUUUUGUCUCAUCCGGUACCUGUAGUUGCAGCUGGGGUGUUCUGUGUAAUAGAUGUGGUAUUCAUUUCUAGGUGCGCCUCUGUGCCCAAGCAGUGAGUUUCCUUCAGGCUUCCAUUGCAGUAGAGUGUGAAUAGCGGCGGUGGAUGGGAAGAUGCUGGUGUGCCCCACUGCCUCUGCCCCAGCUGAGGGGAGGGGGAUGGGAUGGGGUCUGCGUGGGGGCCCAGCACCUGGGGGGGGGGAGGGAGGUACCUUGCUGACUGCAGGCCGGUUUUGUGCCUAAUGUGUUGCACUGAACAAGACCAAAAUCACUAGUUGUUCCCGUGUUUUGAGGGUAUCAAGUGUCUCUAGUGUGAUGGUUUACACGACCAGUUUAUGUGGUUAAAUAGCCCUUUUAUUUAAAGAGAACAUCGUUUUAAGAGUUAUUAAAUUAUCUAAGUUUAAAAUGAAAAUCAGACAGAAGAGAGAGCGUAUUUAUAGUCAGCUUUUUUUAUCCGAGAGGGCGAGAAUAUUUGGCCAUAGAAAUGGGGAAAUAUUCUCGGAGACUUUGCUAGUUAGAAGUUAAUAAAUAAAUAAUUUUAAAGUUUCUCAUGAA